AUCUUCAGAAAUGAAAUCAGCAUCAUUUCGAAGAGGACAGCCAUUCAGUCAAGCAUCGAUGCCGUGUCAUACAGUGCAACGCCACUGGCCACACUGGUGUCAGUAACUACUAUGGUGCUUACAGGGGAGACCCUCACACCCGCCAAUGUUUUUAUGCUCCUGUCGUUUCUGGAUGUUUUAAAAUUUAUUGGCAUGUUAAAUAUGACUCCUGGUUUAAUGUUAACGUAUGACGCCUACGUUUCACUCGAAAGAAUCGAAGAAUUCCUUCUUUUGGAAAAUCUGUCGGAAGCCUCGGAGAAUGAUGAAAGCAACGAGCCCACACAAAAAGCGAAAAGUACCUUAAGGAACCAAAGUCGCACUAACUUGGGAAAAGAAGAGGAAAAUGCAGAGAAAGCUUCCCUCUCUCGUGAAUCAACAGUAUUAGGGCCUUCUAUAUGUGUGUCAAAUUUAAGCUACGCAAAAACGCAUCAUGAAGAUGAAUUUAUUCUUCAGGAUAUCAACUUCUUUGCACCUUCAAAGAGUUUAACAGUCAUCACCGGCCCAGUUGGAAGUGGGAAGUCUACUCUGCUCUCAGCGAUCGCUGGUGAAAUUUCGAAUGCCAGUGGGACGAUUGAUUAUCAAGGUUCUGUAAUUUACUUGCCUCAGACUGCUUGGGUGUUCUCAGGAACGAUAAAAGAAAACAUUCUAUUUGGCCAGCCCCUCGAGGAGUCCAAGUACGAAAGAAUAAUCGACGUCUGCGCUCUAAAAGAAGACUUUCAGCGGCUACCUGAUGGCGACCAAACAGUUGUUGGAGAACGCGGCGAGGUUCUGAGUGGAGGACAGCAGGCGAGAGUAAGUUUAGCUCGUGCAGUUUAUGCUGACGGAGAUAUUUAUCUAUUGGAUGAUCCACUGAGUGCUGUCGAUGUUAAAGUUGGCCAACACAUCUUUAACAAGUGCAUCAACGAUCUACUGGGCGAUAAAAUCGUUCUGUUCGCCUCUCAUCAGCAACAGCACAUGGUAAAUGCAGAUCAAGUGAUUGUGUUGUACAAAGGGCGUGUCCUCGACAAGGGACGCUUUACUGAACUGCACGAAAAAGGUGUAAUUAGUUCAACUGUUGACCCGCUCUAUAACGCAGCUCUGAAGGACAGAACAGACCUAUCUUGGCCGUUCUCCUGGGAAGAUAAGGAGGAACACGAUGAUGAUGAAAAGUGCUAUAAAACACAUGCUUUGCCUAAUGAAGCGAGGAGUAUGGAAAUAGCCAAGGAGGAUCGUACAAUCGGCGUUGUGACAUCCAGGCUUUAUUGGGACUACUUCAGAAGUGGAGCACAUCCUCUGAUGAUAACUGGAAUGGUUGGUUUAAGUCUCAUUACUCAAGGUACUUAUUGUUAG